GGAAGUUGUUUGUACGCCUGUCACACCGCAACGAUAAGGUUGCUACGUUAUAACGCCAAGGUACUGCGUGGUGUUAUUUCAAACACAAUGACCUUCCAAGUUUUCUUUUCAGUGAAAUGGAAAAGGCGCGAAUAUGCACGUUUUUGAUUACCGGUGGCAGUGGAUAUUUUGGUUUCCGCCUUGCCUGCUCACUACAUAAAAAGGGAGCUAAAGUCAUUCUGUUUGAUAUGAGCCCACCCAGCCUAGAGGUUCCAGAGGGCAUUGUGUUCCUAAAGGGAGAUAUUCGUGAAUAUGCUCAGGUGGAGAAGGCGGUCACUGGCAUGGACUGUGUUUUCCACAUCGCCUCCUAUGGCAUGUCUGGCAGGGAGCAGCUGAACAGGAAGCUGAUUGAAGAGGUGAAUGUCCAGGGCACAGAGCAUGUCCUCAGGGCCUGUGUAGAGGCUGGAGUCUCCAGGCUCAUCUACACUAGCACCUUCAACGUAGUGUUCGGAGGCCAAGUCAUUGAGGGUGGUGACGAAAGCCUCCCCUACCUACCUCUCCAUCUCCACCCUGACCACUACUCCAGAACCAAGUCGGUAGCUGAGAUGGCCGUGAUGAAAGCUAGUGGUACAGAGCUGAAAGAUGGGACAGGUGUGUUGAGGGCCUGUGCUCUGCGUCCAGCCGGUAUAUACGGGCCUGGCGAGCAGAGGCACCUGCCCAGGAUCGUUGGGUACAUAGAGAAGGGGAUAUUCAGGUUUGUGUAUGGAGAUCCAAGAAGUUUAGUGGAGUUUGUCCAUGUAGACAACCUGGUGUCUGCACACGAACUGGCUGCAGAGGCUCUGAUGUCAGAGCACCAGCACCGCUCUGCUGGACAGGCAUACUUCAUCUCAGACGGAAGACCAGUCAACAACUUUGAGUUCUUCAGACCUCUGGUGGAGGGUUUGGGUUACUCUUUCCCCAAACUACGUCUACCCCUCUCUCUCAUUUACUUUGUUGCAUUCCUCACUGAGAUGAUUCACCAUCUCAUCGGCCCAAUCUAUAACUUCCAGCCUCUGCUCACACGCACAGAGGUGUAUAAGACCGGCGUGACUCAUUACUUCAGCAUGGCAAAGGCCAAGGCCGAGUUGGGUUAUGAGCCCCAGGAGUAUAACCUGGAGGAGGUUGUGCAGUGGUUCAAGAGUAGAGGUCACGGAAGAAAACCUAGGGGUUCACGUCUCCAGCGACUGAUACUAGAUGGUCUUCUAUUAGCAGCUCUAGUAGCUCUGGCCCUCUCAUACCUCCCAGUGGUUGGCAGUUAAUCAGCAGGCAGUAAUAAAGUGAUACAUCUGCCCCUGAACAAGGCAGUUAACCCAAUGUUCCCCGGGUAGGCCGUCAUUGUAAAUAAGAAUUUGUUCUUUACUGACUUGCUUAGUUAAAUAAAAUAAAAAAAUAUAUACCUAGUUAGAUAUACUAACUUUCUCUAAAUUUGAUUAUGCAUAAGAGACAUCUCUUGGUGCAGAUGUCUAUUGGUACAAACAAAAUUUGGUCCCACUUUAAAUGAAGUACAACUUAUAAAGCAUACAUAAAGACUUCAUAAGCACUACAUAAAUGCUUAAAUAAUCAUCUAUAACCAUAUGUCAUAAAGAGUGACAACCAUUCUCACUGUAGAGUGAAUUGCCAAAUGUAACAACACACCAUUUAAUCAGUUUUUUAAUUUAUUUUAAAAUGUAACCUUUAUUUAACUAUGCAAGUCAGUUAGGAACAAAUUCUUAUUUACAAUGAUGGCCUAUUUACAAUGACAUCACAAUGACAUUUCCUAUAAGGGAAAUAACAACAGAUGUUUACCUUGUCACCUCGGUUACUGGCCCAAUGCUUAAACAACUAGGCUACCUGCCGCCCUGAUGACAUACGCUUAAAGAUGAUUUGUGACGCAUUUAUGUAGUGCUUAUGAAGCCUUUAUGUAUGCUAUACAAAACCCUUUAUGUACUUCAUUUAAAAUGGGACCCAACAUUUACAUUGGUUUUGUUUUUACAUCUCAUUUGAAGAUGGUAAUAAGAAAUAUGACGGACAAUGUAUUGAUGUUUAACACAAGACUUUAUGCAUUUUUUUAAUACUGUACAACUUUGAAAUGUUUCAUGAUGACCAACAGAUUUUUUUGUCAGUGUGUGAUAUCUUUCAUCAGACGUGCUGCUGAAUUCCUAACCUUUCUGGUUGUUUUGUGACCAAAUCCUAAUGGGGAUCAAUAAUUGGUUGGUAUCUAAUAACAUUUCCUAUAGGGGAUAUUUUUCUUUAUUUUAGUUGGAUAAUGGUCUCAUAAUAUUAUUGAAUAAAAUUACACGACUGA